AUGUUUUAUCAAAUCAAUACUAUUUUAAUUUGGCUAUUUAUUUUUACAAGUAUUCAAUCAGCAAUUCUCCCUUUCAAAGAUUCAAUAGAGAUUGCAUUCACGCCGGAAGAUGUGAAGAAGACUACCGAUUAUGUGAUGUGGAAAGUACCUUCAGUUCGAGAUAAUUUUAAAACAACAGUUAAACAGAAAAUAUUAAAUAGAUUAUUGUCAAAGGAAUUACAAGAAAUGCCUUUGAAUACACCUUUUGAUAAUUCACAGCCUACAACAAAUCAACCAAAUAAUGGAGAAGUUCAAACAAACACUGAAACUGGGAAAGAAGGUGACGUUCGAGUAAAUAAUGGAAAAAGCGAUGAAGUCUUAGCUAAAACGGAAAAAAAGGGCGGAGUUCAAAUAAACAAUAAACAAGCAAUUACUCCAUUACAAGCAUUAUCACAAACAGAUAUGAUGCUUGAAUUAGAAUUACAAAAACCGAGAGGUAUAUUAGGUUCAAUUUUAAAAGGUCCAUCAACUGAAACAAAACCAAAAGCUAAAAUCAGAUAUAUAAAGGAAGAGCCAAAGAACGAUGAGGAUGAAGAAGGUACAAAGUCAAAAGAUACUUUUGAUAGAGAGAGAAUGAUAGGAAUGGCCAAAUUACAUGUUGAUGAACAUGUAGGAUAUCUGAAUCCUUCACAAAUAAAGAAGAGGAAACAUAAUUUCCAUAAGGGAUUUAAACCUUCAACAACUUCUGUUGUAGAUGAGUUUGAGAGUGAUGAGACUGAUAUUGUACCUUUAGUUACAAAAGAUGCUUUCUAUGAUGAUUGA